UGGCUAUUUCGUGAUGACGCGGGACGGCGUUUCAAUCUUGUUAAACUGGUUGGCCAGGACGACCAUCUCAUGUUCGGGUGGCCCUCGGUCCCGAUGGCGCGUGGCCGGGAUCACCGCCCGUGCCUUAGCCUGUCCAGCGACGGCACGCUCUCGCUACUACAGAUGCGAGAUGGCACGCUGGAGAUGCGGAGACAAGAGGGCCAGGAGGGUGUGUAUGGUGUGCCUCCCUCACACGAUCAGGUUGAUACAGCAGCCAUACUGGAAGAAGACGACGACCCAAGGAAAAGACACGCUUUCCAUACUGGGAGACAAGUGCGGCAAAUUGCUUGUCAUGAACGGACGCGGGCGCGUGUACACCGCCGACCUCGAGACCGGAGCAAUGAAGGAGGUGGCGGACGGGCCUCACGCCCGCCCCAGCAGCCCUCUGGAUGCCGUGCUCUUAGAGAUGGACUGGCCGGCGUUCUUCGUUUCACGUCUUGGUGCUGACAGUGAAGAGACAGCUGCAAGAAGGACAAGGCAACGCAAGGGAAGAGGCGGCAGGAAGACUCGCAGCCCAGCCUAGGCAGCAGAUACAGGAAUUAAUUUUUGGUCUUGUAUGUUUUGAUGUAAAAAAUUUAUUAUACAUAUUUGAAAAUGUAAAGCUCAUAGUGUGUUAAAAAGAAAAUGAUAGUGUUAUCUCAAAGUGUAGCACCCAGUUCACAUGCAUGGUGCACAAAUGUACUGCCCCUGUAUUCAGCCGGCACCUACGUACCCGCAGAUCCACCAAGGAGACGACGGCGGCAUAGCCUUGUUGUAAAUCGAUGGAUUUUCGGUAAAGGCAAUGACCUUGCUCCCGGAUUGGAAGCAACGGCACCAUCACCGGCACCAUCACCGGCGCCUACUGCCUCAAG